AUGAGCUCGGGCAUUAGCCUUCAAGCUCAUUGGCCUACAAUGAAGAAAGAUGCCCAGAAAUAUGUCAAGAAGGGGCAAUUGAAGUUUGUGGCUGUGGCUGUAGAGUAUUUCACUAAGUGGGUGGAGGCCGAGCCUUUAACAACAAUUUCAAAGCCUAGGUUAAGAAGGUUUGAUCACCGUUUGACAUCGAUUUCCCAUCCUCAAAGUAAUGGUCUUGUCGAAGUGACCAAUCAGAUUAUAUUGCAAGACCUCCGUACAAGAAUCGGGUAUGCAAGAGGUUACUGGUCUGAUGAGCUACCUUCCAAACUUUGGACAUAUAGAACAUCCCACAGAACCGCUACGAAGGAAACCCCUUUCAUGCUGGCCUUCGGUAUUGAGGCCACCAUCCCUGUUGAAGUCAGGUUGCCCAGCCAAAGAAGGCUUGAGCCUGAAGAUGUAGGGCGCACCACUGAACACCUCGACCUUUUGGAAGAAGUUUGUGAUCAGGCAGCUUUAAGAAUGACCUCUUACUAA